AUCAACUGCCAAUAUGAUGAAGCGUAAAUUCGCAGAGUUCAAUCCAACAGUUUGCUACAACAAACCCGCCGCGGCCAUCGUUUCUUCGGAAUGGUGUGAAGCUAAACGAUCGACAGCCCUAGCCGGUACACUGUGCCAGAGUUUUGAAGUACCGAGGAAAUCCGCUAGAACAUGGAAAGUGCUGACCGGUGAGCUUUGUCGAAUUUCGCUUUGCGAAGGUGCUCAAGUAGGUGAUUUAAACCUAUGGAAUCUUCAAAACCCUCGCGAGCACUUUUAUUCUGGAAAGACGCGCCAGCUGCAUGCAUCGCACCUGAGACCGUGCGAUCGACUUUGGAGCUGUUUGCCCUAUUUGCGUCCGAUGGCAACUUUCGUGUGGGAUUCACUGGCUGACUAUGGAAUCGAUAAAGACGGCGGUGCACUGCACGACGUAAUAGGGACGCGGUGCGAUGAUUAUACGUACAAGUUGAUUACGGGGAAGGAACGUUUCGGUAGUUGUCAUAGUUACCUUCGUGAAGCUAUCAAGGAACACGGACUGGAUGAAUCUUAUAUUCACGAUGUUUGGAACAUAUUUAUGUGCACGGGAUUCACUAGGGACACCCAACAGUACUUUUGUAAGCCAACUCCAGCACGGAAAGGCGACUACAUUGAAUUCAUAGCGGAUAUGGAUCUCCUGGUGGCACUCAGCGCUUGUCCUCAAGGCGACGUCUCCAUCCCCGUUGGACAAGAGGUACCGGACAAUAUGUGCUUUCCCAUGAAGGUGGAAGUUUUUCGCGCAUGAAUGCUAUGGAUUGGUUUGAAUGUGAUCCUAUAGGGCUCAGUUCCUUAGUGAGUGUAACCGAGCUUAGGCCAUUGUAUCCCAAAGCAUUGCAUUGUUUUGGAGUCUCUUCUGUGCGUGUUGUACAUCAACGAUCUAUGUUAAUUGAGAUUUCCGAAAUGAAUUCAAUAUCAAUUUGACAGUUUGACUUUCUUAAUAUUUUUCUUUUGUUUAAUUUAAAGUUAUUUUAUUUUUUGCUAGUUUUAUCUCAAUGUUAUGCCAGUUAGAUGUACAGGGAUACCUCGAU